CAGUCUCGCCCCACGCCAACCAAGCCUAUAUAAGCGUUCGAGGCAACAACGCAACCCGCAUAAGAUAUUUCGAAAGCGCGAUAAGGAAAUCAAAACAAACGAAAUGCUCAAAUACGUUCUUCUCGCGAUCGGAAUUAUCAGUGUCGCGUACAGUGGUGAAAUAAAACGACAAAGAUUUAGAGACUCUUUUGAAGAACUCGACCGAUACAUCAGUCAUGCACUCUCGCAUCACUAUCUGUGGCCUUGGAGUCAGAUAGUUAGAACAGCAGCUGCUAUUGAUUCCGAAGCUAAUUUCGAUGGUUCUAGAAUAAUAUCAAACGAUAACAAGUUUGAAAUUAAACUAAAUGUUAAAAGAUUUAAACCGGAUGAGUUAAACGUCACUGUAAAUAAACACAAUAUAAUUGUGAAUGGAAUUCAUAAGAUUGGUAUUGAUGAUGGACAGAUAUACGUAAAGAAUAGGAUGUACCAGCGAUUCGAUUUGCCGCCGGAAUGUAAGUCUGAUGAAGUGAAGGCAAUUUUGAAUGAAAAUGGUAUCUUAAGCAUAUGGGCACCAAAACACAAAUUACCUCCACCACCACCGGAAAGGCAAGUGCCUAUUGAAGUUAGGUUACCAGUGGAGAAAACAGAAACACCGAUAGAAGACAGCACAGAAGAAGAUACAACAGAAAAAGAGGACGAGGAAUUGGUGAAAAAUAAAACAAAUAAAAAGAAGGAGACAUUUGUUGAUAAGAUAGAUGCUGUUAAAUUUGUGGAGCCCACCAAGUUAUCAACUGCAUCUCCAUUGUUGCAACAAGAAGACACAACAACUCACGUUGGUAAAAUAAGGAAGAAGGAAUUAAAAUCUACAACAAAAACAGUAAAAGAAAAUGAAGUAACGAAAGGUGGAGAAGGCAAUGGUCUAGAUUAUUUGCUCAUAGACGGAGAAGCAGUGGAAUGAAGAACAAAUAUUGGAAAUGUGUGUGAAAGACUGACUGAAGCUUUAAGUUUCGAGUGAUAAAACAUUGUAGCAAUUUUUCUAGGGAUUCAUCAACCGAAAGUAGAAAGCGUGUUGUUCCCAGUGAUUUAUUGUGGUUAUUUGUUUUAUAAAUAAACAUGUUAUUUAUUGUAAGUAAUAUUUUUUCAUUUCAUUUCGCUCUAGGGAUGCCGUAAUGCCUCGUAAUAUUUUGGUUUAUGAUACCGUGCUGUUUAUGUUAAUAGCUAAAAAGGCACGGAUUCGUUUAUUACGAUACGUAUAUUUGAUGUGUCUGUUUACUUUGUAAGAUAAAUGUUACACAUUUUGGUUUUAAUUAAACACGAAUAUUGCAUUAAUAAUAACAAACUUCAAUGAUAUCCAUCGAAAUAAUUAAAAUAUUGAUAAGUCAAGCA